ACUGGGGAGAAGGGCCGCCCACUCCCUACACAUGCGCAUUAUGAAACACGUGUAGCGCUGGGAGGCGGGGCUCUCGGUCCUCCUUGCACAGGCGCAGUAUAUUCGAGCCCGGCCCGUCGCGCGCUGCUCUAGGCUAGGGCGGCCGGGGGCGGGCGGGCGAUGGAUUUCCUCGGGGCGCGGAGUGCGGUGCUGGCUGUGCUGAGCGGCGCGCGCGCAGGCGACCGGUCCCGCCUGCUGCACUGGAUGCGAACGACCAUAGUGGAUUGAACAUGCACAUGCAGAAUACUGCGCAAGAGCUGCUUAAAAUAAGAUGCCAUUUUGUGACCUCCCACAAAGAUGACUUUGAUGAAUUCAUGUUGAGUAAUAAUGAUGUUGUGCUCAGAAGUAUUGCUGAAGAUCUUCGGAAUUGCUUACCCAUUGAAGCAAUGCUUAACUCAGAACAUCUAGCGAUUCAAAAAAUACUUGAGCAGCCAGAGCCGACAGUUCAUGUUGAUGCAUUCCUUUAUGAUGAUGACAUUAUUGAUUCAUUGUGUGAGAAGGGGAAAAUGAGUAGAAACUACUGUGUAGUGUGUGGCUCACACAAGACCGCACCUUUAGAGUUUAUUUCUCAUUCCUUUUCCCUCAUGGAACUGAAGUUUCUUUAUCAGUAUGCGUUGCCUGACCUGACAGGAAAGAUUCUGGUUGACGUUGGCUCCAGGCUUGGUGCAGUGCUAUUUGGGGCUGAUGUUUUCUGGCAUUCAUACUUUGCCCAAAAUUCUCCUUUUGGACAGAAACUUUCCAUGAUUGGUCUGAGUCCAAAGGGCUAUCUUUACAGCUCAGCAUCCCAGCUGUAUGGAGUGGAAAUGAAUGCAGACUUUUGCCAGUUGCAAGAAAUGAUAAUCACAAAAUACCAGUUUACAGACAGAGUAAAGGUGCUUCAUUCAGACAUCUGUACUCAGGCUUCACUCCUUCAAAAUGCUGAUGUUGUUGUAAUGAAUAAUGUCUUUGAAUAUUUUCUUGACAGACUGGAACAGGCCAGAGCCUGGGAAUUUAUGAGUCAUAAUAUGAGGAAAAAAGGGUCAUUAUUAGUGACCGUCCCAAGCCUUGAAGAAUCUAUCUCAAACCUACAGACGGAUAUACUGCUCAGCCAGUGGGUAGAAGAGAUGAAGUUGGACUAUGAUGUAUACAUGGAAAAGGAUAUUGAUAGAGAAGCACUUGAACAAAUUCAUUUGUACAAGAUUCUCUAGCAUACAGACUGAUUUACUGAUAACAGUAUAAAAUGAUUGACUUCAGAGGGAGUUGUGUGAAAGGGCUUAAUCCCACAGUCCUAUUUCCAGAAUAAAUCGUGAAAAAUUUUACUAUUUAUUUUAGAAAUUAUACAUAUUCUCACAAUGAAACAGGGGCUUUUGAGAACAUAUUUUUAGAUGUCAGAUUUCUUGCAUUAAAGUUCUCAGUGUGUCAUAAUUGUACAAAAAAUUUUAGCCACUAGGUAUCUCUGUAGCUUCAUUCUGCAUGGAAGUGUUUUGAAAGAAUGGCAGUCCACUAACACCAGAAGAGUCCAUCUUGUGCUCUAUUAAUGGCUGUGAACCUCCCAAAGUUUUAAAAGUAUAUAUAUUAACAGAAAAAUAGUGACCCACUAUUAAAUGUGAAUGGUAUUCAUAUAUUUAACAAGGCUUUAUUAAAAGCUUUAAUAUAUUAUGUUGGGUUUUUAGUACUGACAAACUUACAGUACUGCUAUUAAUAUUCUGCCUAUGGAAUUCCUGAUUUUUUUUAAAGUCUGCACAGUAGCUACAGAACCUAUAGGUAUUGGUGUAGAAAGGACUAUUGUCCCAAUUUAGAGUAGCAUUGUGACAGUGGUGAUCUCCUUCUAGUCAGUGUUUCCCCAGUUGACUGUUGAUGUAAGAUACUUGGGGAUAAAUAAGAAUCCUUCAGAAAUAUUGGUCUAAAUAUAGAAGAAUGAAAAUCUGCUUCACUUCCUUAAUUUUAAUGAGGAUUGUAAGGGGUUAAGAAAUUAAAUAUUCUGAGCAAGAGUUAUGGCCUAGCAUAAUCUUUAUGUAAAACAUUGGCAAUACACAAUAACAGAACCGUCCCCAAACUCUCCCAAAGAGAAAACACACACACCAAGCUUAUAUUUAUAUUUUUUGUUCCAACUGUAUAAAACUUUCAGUUUGUUGAAAAGUUUUUCAGCCUUGGACAUCACUGACAAUCAAUAUGUUUUGUAUUUAACUGGAGGAAUUUUUGACUAAGUGCAGUACCAAUUGGAAGCUAUGUUACUGUAUGUCUAAAAGUUUUCUAUACAAGUUAUGGCCUGUUCAAGUAGCAAAACAUUAUACUGGCUACACUUUUUUUAUUUUUCUAAUAUGCAGCAAAAUAUACCUGUAAAAUGUUGUAAAAAUAUAUAUGGAGGCAAAAAGAUGUAACGGCUAAUUGGGGCCUUAAUAGCACACCAAAUACUUGGAUCUUUAUUAUGUGGGUAGAGCUUUAUUUUUGAGGCCAGAAGUCAGACUUUACUCACUUCAUUUUGUUUUUGGGGGGGGUUGUAACGUGACUUACGUUGAGCCUGUACCUAGAGACUCUGGUGGUUGCAUUUUUCAUAAAUUAUAAAAUGAAUAAAGAUGGAAACUUAUGGUUAAAAA